AUGGGUCGCGUCAUCCGCAAUCAGAGAAAGGGUCGUGGAUCCAUCUUCACGGCCCAUACCCGUCUCAACAAGGCACCAGCUCAGUUCAGAACCCUCGACUAUGCCGAGCGACACGGAUAUAUUCGCGGAGUGGUGAAGAAGAUCAUUCACGACCCUGGCCGAGGUGCUCCUCUCGCCCAAGUUUCUUUCCGUCACCCAUACAAGUUCAAGGAUAUCACCGAGACGUUCAUUGCCAACGAGGGCAUGUACACUGGCCAGUUUAUCUACGCCGGAAAGAACGCCACCUUGACUGUCGGAAACAUCCUUCCUUUGGGCUCUGUUCCCGAAGGUACCGUUGUCACCAACGUUGAAGAGAAGGUUGGAGACAGAGGCGCGCUCGGCCGAACGUCUGGAAACUAUGUCACGGUCAUUGGCCACAAUCCUGAGGAGGGCAAGACCCGUAUCAAGCUCCCCUCUGGUGCUAAGAAGGUCGUGAAGAGCCGUUCCCGAGGAAUGGUUGGUAUCGUUGCCGGUGGUGGACGUACAGACAAGCCAUUGUUGAAGGCUUCCCGUGCUAAGCACAAGUAUGCUGUUAAGCGCAACUCAUGGCCCAAGACUCGUGGUGUUGCCAUGAACCCUGUCGACCAUCCUCACGGUGGUGGUAACCAUCAACAUAUUGGUAAAGCUUCCACAAUCUCCAGAUACGCCGCACAAGGUCAAAAAGCCGGUCUCAUCGCUGCCCGGAGAACUGGUUUGCUUCGCGGUACCCAAAAGACAAAGGAGUAA